AUUGGUCAGGACAGAAGAGAGGGUGGUGUCUACAACAUGACAUCCUAACUGAGGUGGUAUAAAUAAGGCCCUGCAUGUUUCUCCUGCAGACAGGGAUUAAACACUGCAGGCAACCCACUGCUCAUGGGAGUUUGUAAAACUCCAACCAAACAUUGAGGAUAACGUUUCCAUUAUUCCAGAUCCCACUAUCAGUAUGGAGAUGUCCAGAGCAACUGUCCUGCCAGGGGUCAGCCUUGGCUCAAUGGCCCAGUCAGCUGGACUUGCAGAGAUUGCUGUCAGACUCUGCUUGAACCAACGUAAACAACUUUGUCCUCAUGUUUGGGUUCCCAUCCUGAAGCCUCAGCGCCCCUGCAUCCGCCCUACAGUGGCAGAUCAGUUUUCCUCUGACAUCUUAAGCCAAGCCUAUCUGACCAACCUUUUCCCAUCCUUCUUCUUGGAGGACUUUGAUGAAGAUGAUGAUGAUCUUUUUUUAUUCCCAGUCAAGAACAAACGUGUGAUUUUUGCUGACUCACGGGGAAUGUCUUUGACAUCCGUCAGAAUGUUUUCUGAUGAAGAGGAGCAGUCUGACAUUAACCUCCUGCCGUCACUGAAGGAUUUGGGGAGCAUGAUGGAGGAUGGCUACAGCUGCACUGUCAGCACCUGCUGCCCAGGAACAAGCCUCAAACUGGGCUUCCCGCAGCCUUCCGCAGAUUUCCAAGCCUUUCGUGCAAAGCUAGCUGAGAGCAUGGUGACCCUGGAGAACUGCAGCGUUAAUGAACAGGCCCUCCACGGUACGGUGCGAGUCAGGAACAUCAGCUUCCAGAAGGAAGUGCGUGUUCGCAUCACCUUUGACUCGUGGCAGAGCUACAGAGACGUGCCCUGUACACACCUGCAGAAACGCUUCGGGGGACCUCAGACAGACAUCUUUGAAUUUGACAUUGCUAUUCCUAAAGUUCUGGAUGCCAAACGGAAGAUUGAGUUUUGUCUGAGUUAUUCACCUGGAGGGCAGAGCGAGCCGUUUUGGGACAACAACAACGGAGAGAAUUACAGCGUUACCGUGUCAGUCAGCUCUCAUCUGUGCUGCGGGAAGGAUCUAAGUGAAAGGGCAUGGUGUGCUUCAGCUAGAAAUGAUUCCUUUUUUUGUCAAACAGAAAGCAUCAGUCCUGGGAAAAUAUGAGCUAAUAUUAUAUCUUUUUUAUUACAUUUGAAUUCAUUUUCAGAAAUGUUUAGACAUCUUAGUAAGUGCUUUGUAUAAAACUUUAAAACAGG